UGACCCUGCACAGCAAAGGAUGCUGGGAAAUAGCAAACACUAUUAUCCCGGGGAGGACGACAAGUAUGGGGAGGAUGAGGAAGAGGAAGAGGAGCAGGGACGAGAGAACAGAAAGGGGGAGAGUAGAGAGAAGGAGAAUGGAGGGAUAGAAGGGCUCGAAGAGAUGGAGAUAAAGGGAGGCAGACAAUCACGCGACGGUAAAUGGGAGGGAAGUAAACCCUCUGCCAUUGUGGUUGGAAGACAGAGAGGAGACCGGACACUGAGACUAGCCAAUCCAAGAAAUAGAGGCAUCCCCUAUACAUCCAACCAGGCCCCCCAUAAGCAGCAACACCAUCUCAUCCCAGCCAAUCAGCAGCAGUAUCACCCGGCCCCGUCCACUCAGACCCAGAAGAGACGAGCUCACAUGGAGCGCAGUAUGACCACAGUGGCACCCAUAGAGGACACUCACCUGACCAUGAUGGUGUUCCGCAUUGGAAUCCCUGACAUCAAACAGACAGUAGGUGCAUGUUUCAUGGUACUGCUAAGUACAAGUAUGUCAAGCUGUUAUUAUAUACUUCUUACAUUACUAUCAUUAGAUACAUACAGUGUAACAGCCAAGCCCAGGCCAGAGAUCAAUCCUGAGGGGAACCAUACUACAUUCAGAACAACCAUCUCUUUCACAUGGGUUAUGAAUCUAUGAAGAACAGAAAUCUUUGGAGACUUGACUCAGGUUGGAUUACAUGCAAGUGCUAAACACAGCUCACUUAAUAAUCCAAAGUAAUUGACAGUGUUCUCACUUCUCAAUAAAGUUAGCAAUGAUUUGCAGCUAUAGAUGCUUUCUCAGUACUGCAUGUGAUUGUGGGUGAGAAUUGGCCAACCCCCUCACUCCAUAUACUGUAGCGUCAUUUCUGGUGAGAAUGGGUGCCCUUUGUUAACCCCUCCCCCGUUAUGAUUCUUCUCCGUACUCCAAUUCCCAGAACAUUCCCAACUGUUCUACAUGUCAGCUGAUCUGCCCUCAAUAUAACAGUAAUUGCUAAUGAUCUAAUAGAGUUUUAAUGAGUUUGAGGAGGGCGUAAACACCAAGAGGGCCUUUGGUGUCUUGGUCUUAGAGCACCGUCACUCACGGGGCAUCCUAGACCGCCCGCUAUCCACUCCCCAGCCCAACAAACAACUUACAGUACCUCGCACAGGAAAUAUAAUUGUUCAAAAUUAGAGGGGGAUGGAGAGAAUGAGGGAAUGGAGUGGAGUGGAUGCUGAAAGAGAGAGAACGAGAGAGAGAGAGAGAGAGAGAGAGAAGCGCAGGAUAUUAGAAAGGGAGACACAAAAAGAGCAAUGAAUAGGCAAAAAGAGGGGGAUCAAGGUCACAAACAACAUACCUGGGCUGAGAAUUGCCAGGGACUUCACGUUACGAUAUUAUCAUGAUACAUUGGUGCCGAUAUGAUAUGUAUUGCGAUUCUCACAAUUCUAUAAGUAUUGCGAUUUGAAACUGCGAUUUUAUUGCAAUUCGAUGUUCCAAACAUAUUGCUCACCAUAUGUCUGCCACAGAGGGACAAGAUUGAGCCCAUGAGAAAAUGUGUUUUGAUCAGUCAUGCUGAAAACAAAUUGGCUCACUAUUUAAAAAGAAGAUUGCGAACAAACUUUAAAUAAAAAAUACUGGAGCUUUGGUGCAGGUACAGCCGAGUAGCGCAAAAAUAUUAUUGCGAUAUUGUCAACAAUAAUAUUGUGAUAUAUCGUGAAAAAUAAUAUCCCAAUGUAUAACUGUAUCGAUUUUUUCCCCCAACACUACAACAUACAUCUCUGUACAUUGAUAAAUCUCUCAGUAGUUUAUGUCUGAACAAUGCUAUCUUCAAUGUAAUGAGGACAGCUGCUGAGAGCAUCCCAGAAGAACCCUGUCAGAAACAACAGAAUGAGGGGUAGAAGUGUCACACUCAUACACUACCGGUCAAAAGUUUUAACACCUACUCAUUCAAGGGUUUUUCUUUAUUUUGACUAUUUUCUACAUUGUAGAAUAAUAGUGAAGACAUCAAAACUAUGAAAUAACACAUACAGUGGGGAGAACAAGUAUUUGAUACACUGCCGAUUUUGCAGGUUUUCCUACUUACAAAGCAUGUAGAGGUCUGUAAUUUUUAUCAUAGGUACACUUCAACUGUGAGAGACGAAAUCUAAAACAAAAAUCCAGAAAAUCACAUUGUAUGAUUUUUAAGUAAUUAAUUUGCAUUUUAUUGCAUGACAUAAGUAUUUGAUACAUCAGAAAAGCAGAAGUUUCCUGUAGAUCAUAAGUUUCCUGUAGGUCUUGACCAGGUUUGCACACACUGCAGCAGGGAUUUUGGCCCACUCCUCCAUACAUCCUUCGGGGCUGUCGCUGGGCAAUACGGACUUUCAGCUCCCUCCAAAGAUUUUCUAUUGUGUUCAGGUCUGGAGACUGGCUAGGCCACUCCAGGACCUUGAGAUGAUUCUUACGGAGCCACUCCUUAGUUGCCCUGGCUGUGUGUUUUGGGUCGUUGUCAUGCUGGAAGACCCAGCCAAGACCCAUCUUCAAUGCUCUUACUGAGGGAAGGAGGUUGUUGGCCAAGAUCUCGCAAUACAUGGCCCCAUCCAUCCUCCCCUCAAUACGGUGCAGUCAUCCUGUUCCCUUUGCAGAAAAGCAUCCCCAAAGAAUGAUGUUUCCACCUCCAUGCUUCACGGUUGGGAUGGUGUUCUUGGGGUUGUACUCAUCCUUCUUCUUCCUCCAAACACGGCGAGUGGAGUUUAGACCAAAAAGCUCUAUUUUUGUCUCAUCAGACCACAUGACCUUCUCCCAUUCCUCCUCUGGAUCAUCCAGAUGGUCAUUGGCAAACUUUAGACGGGCCUGGACAUGCGCUGGCUUGAGCAGGGGGACCUUGCGUGCGCUACAGGAUUUUAAUCCAUGACGGCGUAGUGUGUUACUAAUGGUUUUCUUUGAGACUGUGGUCCCAGCUCUCUUCAGGUCAUUGACCAGGUCCUGCCGUGUAGUUCUGGGCUGAUCCCUCACCUUCCUCAUGAUCAUUGAUGCCCCACGAGGUGAGAUCUUGCAUGGAGCCCCAGACCGAGGGUGAUUGACCGUCAUCUUGAACUUCUUCCAUUUUCUAAUAAUUGCGCCAACAGUUGUUGCCUUCUCACCAAGCUGCUUGCCUAUUGUCCUGUAGCCCAUCCCAGCCUUGUGCAGGUCUACAAUUUUAUCCCUGAUGUCCUUACACAGCUCUCUGGUCUUGGCCAUUGUGGAGAGGUUGGAGUCUGUUUGAUUGAGUGUGUGGACAGGUGUCUUUUAUACAGGUAACGAGUUCAAACAGGUGCAGUUAAUACAGGUAAUGAGUGGAGAACAGGAGGGCUUCUUAAAGAAAAACUAACAGGUCUGUGAGAGCCGGAAUUCUUACUGGUUGGUAGGUGAUCAAAUACUUAUGUCAUGCAAUAAAAUGCAAAUUAAUUACUUAAAAAUCAUACAAUGUGAUUUUCUGGAUUUUUGUUUUAGAUUCCGUUACAUGCUUUGUAAGUAGGAAAACCUGCAAAAUCGGCAGUGUAUCAAAUACUUGUUCUCCCCACUGUAUGGAAUAAUGUAGUAACCAAAAAAAGUGUUAAACAAAUCAAAGUAUAUUUUAUAUUUGAGAUUCUUGAAAUAGCCACACUUUGCCUUGAUGACAGCUUUGCACACUCUUGGCAUUCUCUCAACCAGCUUCACCUGGAAUGAUUUUCCAACAGUCUUGAAGGAGUUCCCACAUAUGCUGAGCUCUUGUUGGCUGCUUUUUCUUCACUCUGCGGUCUGACUCAUCCCAAAUCAUCUCAAUUUGGUUUAGGUCAGGGGAUUGUGGAGGCCAGGUCAUCUGAUGUAGCACUCCAUCACUCUCCUUCUUGGUAAAAUAGCCCUUACACAGCCUGGAGGUGUGUUGGGUCAUUGUCCUGUUGAAAAACAAAUGAUAGUCCCACUAAGCCCAAACCAGAUGGGAUGGCGUAUCGCUGCAGAAUGCUGUGGUAGCCAUGCUGGUUAAGUGUUCCUUGAAUUCUAAAUAAAUCACAGACAUUGUAACCAGCAAAGCACCCCCACACCAUAACAUAUCCUCCUCCAUGCUUUACGGUGGGAAAAACACAUGCAGAGAUCAUCCGUUCACCCACACCGCGUCUCCUUAUACACGCCGGUUUGAACCAAAAAUCUCAAAUUUGGACUCCAGACCAAAGGACAAAUUUCCAACGGUCUAAUGUCCAUUGCUCGUGUUCCUUGGCCCAAGAAAGUCUCUUCUUCUUAUUGGUGUCCUUUAGUAGUGGUGUCUUUGCAACAAUUCAACCAUGAAAGCCUGAUUCACACAGUCUUCUCUGAACAGUUGAUGUUGAGAUGUGUCUGUUACUUGAACUCUGUGAAGCAAUUAUUUGGGCUGCAAUUUCAGAGACUGGUAACUCUAAUGAACUUAUCCUCUGCAGCAGAGGUAACUCUGGGUCUUCCAUUCCUGUGGCAGUCCUCAUGAGAGCCAGUUUCAUCAUAACGCUUAAUGUUUUUUGCGACUGGCUAUUUUAAUGUUCUGUAUUGACUGACCUUCAUGUCUUAAAGUAAUGAUGGACUGUCGUUUCUCUUUGCUUAUUUGAGCUGUUCUUGCCAUAAUAUGGGCUACCUUGUCACAACACAACUGAUUGGCUCAAACACAUUAAGAAGGAAAGAAAUUCCACAAAUGAACUUUUAACAAGGCACACCUGUUAAUUGAAAUGCAUUCCAGGUGACUACCUCAUGAAGUUGGUUGAGAGAAUACCAAGAAUGCAAAGCUGUCAUCAAGGCAAAGGGUGGCUAUUUGAAGAAUCUCAAAUAUCAAAUAUAUUUUGAUUAGUUUAACACUUUAUUUGGUUACUACAUGAUACCAUAUGUGUUAUUUCAUAGUUUUGAUGUCUUCACUAUUAUUCUACAAUGUAGAAAAUAGUAAAAAAAUAAAUAAAGACCCUUGAACGAGUAGGUGUUCUAAAACUUUUGACCGGUAGUGUAAGUAUUUACACCCCUGAGUCAAUGCAUGUUAGAAUCACCUUCAGCAGCGAUUACAGCUGUGAGUCUUUCUGGGUAAAUGUAAGUGUCCGAGUAAGUGUCUUACACACCUGGAUUGUACACUGAACAAAACUAUAAACGGCAUGUCAAAUCAAAUAUCAUUUUAUUUGUCACAUAUUCCCGAAUACAACGGGUGUGCAUACAAGAUCUUAACCAACAAUGCAGUUUUAAGAAAGAAUACCUAAAAAAAUUUUAAAAAUAAAACGAACAAAUAAUUAAAGAGCAGCAGUAAAAUAACAAUAGCGAGGCUAUAUACAGGGGGUACCGGCACAGAGUCAAUGUGCGGGGGACAAUUUCAACGAUUUUAAUGAGUUACAGUUCAUAUAAGGAAAUCAGUUAAUUGAAAUUAAUUAAUUAGGCCCUAAUCUAUGGAUUUCACAUGACUGGGAAUACAGAUAUGCAUCUGUUGGUCACAGAUACCUUAAAAGAUAGGAAGGGGCGUGGAUCAGAAAACCAGUCUGGUAUGACCACCAUUUGCCUCAUGCAGCGCGACACAUCUCUUUCGCAUAGUUGAUCAGGCUGUUGAUUGUGGCCUGUGGAAUGUUGUCCCACUCCUCUUCAAUGGCUGUGCAAAGUUGCUGGAUAUUGGCAGGAACUGGAACACGCGGUCGUACAUGUCAAUACAGAGCAUCCCAAACAUGCUCAAUGGUUGACAUGUCUUGUGAUUAUGCAGGCCAUGGAAAAACUGGGAAAUGUUCAGCUUCCAGGAAUUGUGUACAGAUCCUUGCGACAUGGGGCCGUGCAUUAUCAUGCUGAAACAUGAGGUGAUGGCGGGGAAUGAAUGGCACAACAAUGGGCCUCAGGAUCUCAUCACGGUAUCUCUGUGCAUUGAAAUAGCCAUCGAAAAAUGCAAUUGUGUUCGUUGUCCGUAGCUUAUGCCUGCCCAUACCAUAACCCCAACGACACCAUGGGGCACUCUGUUCACAACGAUGUCAUAGACGCUGUCUGCCAUCUGCCAGGUCCAGUUGAAACCGAGAUUAAUCUGUGAAGAGCACACUUCUCCAGCGUGCCAGUGGCCAUCGAAGGUGAGCAUUUGCCCAUUGAAGUCAGUUACGAUGCCGAACUGCAGUCAGGUCAAAAUCCUGGUGAGGACGUUGAGCAUACAGAUUAGCUUCCCUGAGAUGGUUUCUGACAGUUUGUGCAGAAAUUAUUUGGUUGUGCAAACCCACAGUUUCAUCAGCUGUCCGGGUGGCUGGUCUCAGACAAUCCCGGAGGUGAAGAACACAACAGUUUCAUCAGCUGUCCGGGUGGCUGGUCUCAGACGAUCCCAGAGGUGAAGAAGUCGGAAGUGGAGGUCCUGGGCUGGCGUGGUUACAUGCAGUGGUGUAAUGUACUUAAGUAAAAAUACUUGAAAUUACUACUUAAGUCGUUUUUGGAGGGAUAUCUGUACUUCACUAUUUAUUUUUUGACUCCUUAAAAUGUUACUUCACUACAUUCCUUAAGAAAAUAUUGUACUCUAUGCUCCAUACAUUUUCCUCAACACCCAAAAGUUCUUGUUACAUUUUGAAUGCUUAGCAGGACAGGAAAAUGGUACAAUUGACACAAUUCACUCACAGAACAUCCCUGGUCAUCCCUACUCACUCUGAUCUGGUGGACUCACUAAACUCACAUGCUUCAUUUAUAAAUGAUGUCUGAAUGUUGGAGUGUGCCCCUGGCUAUCCAUAAAUGUAAAAAAAAACUAGAAAAUGCUGCCAUCUGGUUUGCUUAAUAUAAGGACUUUGAAAUGGUUUAUGCUUUUACUUUUGAUACUUAAGUAUAUUUUAGAAAUUACAUUUACUUUUGAUACUUAAGUAUAUUUUAAACAAAAUACUUUCAGGCUUUUACUCAAGUAGUAUUUUACUGGGUGACUUUUACUUUUACUUGAGUCAUUUUCUAUUAGGGUAACUUUACUUUUACUCAAGUAUGACAAUUGGAUACUUUUUCCAACACUGGUUAUACGUGGUCUGCGGUUGUGAGGCCGGUUGGACAUACUGCCAAAUUCUCUAAAACAACGUUGAAGGGGGCUUAUGGUAGAGAAAUGAACAUUCAAUUCUCAGGCAACUGCUUUGGUAGACAUUCCUGCAGUCAGCAUGCCAAUUACACGCGUCCUCAAAACUUGAGACAUGUGGCAUUGUGUUGUGUGACAAAACUGCACAUUUUAGAGUGUCCUUUUAUUGUCUCCAGCACAAGGUGCACCUGUGUAAUGAUCAUGCUGUUUAAUCAGCUUCUUGAUAUGCCACACCUGUUAGGUGGAAGAAUUAUCUUGGCAAAGGAGAAAUGCUCACUAACGGAUGUAAACAAAUUCUUCAAGCAGAUUUAAGUCAAAACUGUAACUCGGCCACUCAGGAACAUUCACUAUCUUCUUGGUAAGCAAUUCCAGUGUAGAUUUAGCCACGUGUUUUGGUUAUUGUCCUGCUGAAAGGUGAAUUUAUCUCCCAGUGUCUGGUGGAAAGCAGACUGAACCAGGUUUUCCUCUAGGAUUUUGCCUGUGCUUAGUUCCAUUCCGUUUAUUUUUUAUUCUGAAAAACACCCAAUCCUUAACGAUUACAAGCAUAACCAUAACAUGAUGCAGCCACCACUAUGCUUGAAAGUAUGGAGAAUGGUACUCAUUAAUGUGUUGUAUUGGAUUUGCCCCAAACAUAAGACUUUGUAUGCAGGUCAAAAAGUUAAUUGCUUUGCCACAUUUGUUGCAGUAUUACUUUAGUGACUUGUUGCAACCAGGAUGCAUGUUUUGGAAUAUUUUUAAUCUGUACAAGCUUCCUUCUUUUCACUCUGUCAAUUAGGUUAGUAUUGUGGAGUAACUACAAUGUUGUUGAUCCAUCCUCAGUUUACUCCUAUCACAGCCAUUAAACUUUGGUUUUGGUUUCCUUCCUCUCCGGCAACUGCGUUUGUAAGGACGCCUGUAUCUUUGUAGUGACUGGGUGUAUUGAUACACCAUCCAAAGUGUAAUUAAUAAAGUGGUCCUCUGUAGCUCAGCUGGUAGAGCACGGCGCUUGUAACACCAGGGUAGUGGGUUCGAUCCCCGGGACAACCCAUACACAAAAAUGUAUGCACGCAUGACUGUAAGUCGCUUUGGAUAAAAGCGUCUGUUUUUAUUAUUAUUGUAACUUCACCAUGCUCAAAAGUUGCCCUUCUUUAUUGGAAAACCUCCCCGGUCUUUCUGGUUGAAUCUGUGUUUGAAAUUCACUGGAGUGAGCGAGUUACAGAAAAUUGUAUGUGUGGGGUACAGAGAUGAGGUAGUCAUAAAGAAAUCAUGUUACUCCUUAAGAGUCUAUUGACGAACCUGUGCGUCAAUCUAAGUAACCAUCAAAAUCCGUCAGUUUAAACUAGAGAUCCGCCUAUGUCGGCCUUCUGCAUCUGCGGUGGGAGGUGACCGAGCUACAGCGGUGUUUGUCAGAUCAUUAGACAUCCCGAAAAUCAGUAUUUUUACGGAAAUGUCUGUAGCGUCUAACCGGUUUGGUCUACAAACUAUUACGAACACGAUGGUGUUCUCCAUUUUGCUAUACGACCCCCACAAGUGUCACAGGACUCAUCUGAAGGUAACCCAUAAAAAAUAAUGGAAGUACUGUAUGGAGGUACAGUGCCUUGCAAAAGUAUUCAUCCCCCUUGGCGUUUUUCCUAUUUUGUUGCAUUAAAACCUGUAAUUUAAAUUGAUUUUUAUUUGGAUUUCAUGUAAUGGACAUACACAAAAUAGUCCAAAUUGGUGAAGUGAAAUAAAAAAAAAUACGUUUCAAAAAAUCCUAAAAAAAAAAUAACGGAAAAGUGGUGCGUGCAUAUGUAUUCACACCCUUUGCUAUGAAGCCCCUAAAUAAGAUCUGGUGCAACCAAUUACCGUCAGAAGUCAUAUAAUUAGUUAAAUAAAGUCCACCUGUGUGCAAUCUAAGUGUCACAUGAUCUGUAUAUAUACACCUGUUCUGAAAGGCCCCAGAGUCUGCAACAUCACUAAGUAGGGGGCACCACCAAGCAAGCUGCACCAAGAAGACCAAGGAGCUCUCCAAACAGGUCAGGUACAAAGUUGUGGAGAAGUACAGAUCAGAGUUGGGUUAUAAAAAAAUAUCCGAAACUUUGAACAUCCCAAUCAGCACCAUUAAAUCCAUUAUUUUAAAAAUGGAAAGAAUAUUGCACCACAACAAACCUGCCAAGAGAGGGCCGCCCACCAAAACUCACGGACCAGGCAAGGAGGGCAUUAAUCAGAGCGGCAACAAAGACACCAAAGAUAACCCUGAAGGAGCUGCAAAGCUCCACAGCGGAGAUUGGAGUAUCUGUCCAUAGGACCACUUUAAGCCAUACACUCCACAGAGCUGGGCUUCACGGAAGAGUGGCCAGAAAAAAGCCAUUGCUUAAAGAAAAUAAUAAGCAAACACGUUUGGUGUUCGCCAAAAGGCAUGUGGGAGACUCCCCAAACAUAUGGAAGAAGGUACUCUGGUCAGAUGACACUAAAAUUGAGCUUUUUGGCCAUAAAGGAAAAUGCUAUGUCUGGCGCAAACCCAACACCUCUCAUCACCCCAAGAACACCAUCCCCACAGUGAAGCAUGGUGGUGGCAGCAUCAUGCUGUGGGGAUGUUUUUCAUCAGCAGGGACUGGGAAACUGGUCAGAAUUGAAGGAAUGAUGGAUGGCACUAAAUACAGGGAAAUUCUUGAGGGAAACCUGUUUCAGUCUUCCAGAGAUUUGAGACUGGGACAGAGGUUCACCUUCCAGCAGGACAAUGACCCUAAGCAUACUGCUAAAGCAACACUCAAGUGGUUUAAGGGUAAACAUUUAAAUGUCUGGGAAUGUCUAUCCAAUUGAGAAUCUGUGGUAUGACUUAAAGAUUGCUGUACUCCAACUUGAAGGAGCUGGGGCAGUUUUGCCUUGAAGAAUGGGCAAAAUUCCCAGCUAGAUGUGCCAAGCUUGUAGAGACAUACCCCAAGAGACUUGCAGCUGUAAUUGCUGCAAAAGGUGGCUCUACAAAGUAUUGACUUUGGGGGGGUGAAUAGUUAUGCACGCUCAAGUUUUAAAAAAUCAAUUUUAAUUCCAGAUUGUAAGGCAACAAAAUAGGAAAAAUGCCAAGAGGGGUGAUGUUAUGAGAAUUUCGAUCUCAAUGUUUCAAAAAUGAACUUAUUACUCAGUCUGUAAGUUCCAGAGGUUGUACAUCUCUAAUAAUCAGACCAAGCAGCCUCGCAUACAAUCAUCAGGCUUUAUUCAUGAGAACGUUCUGAAACAAAAUGGUGGUACAUUCCUUUUAUACACACACGUCAUUCAAAAAAAUCCCACCCCGCCUUAGGCGGGCUGUAGUUUUCCACUAGAAAACUGCUCUCCUGACCAUCAGGUCACCCACAUAUGUUCUUAUCAUAGUUUACUCCCUGCAUUCCUCAGUUAUCGCCGUUCUCACAAUAUUCUGACAGCCUCAUUGUACUUCUAACUAAGCUACACAUAUUAUCAGUUUAUAGUCUUAUGAUUCUAACACUUUUCACACAGCUUCAGGGUGUAAUAAUUAGUCAUUAUUAAUUUACCAAAUUCUUCUAUCAGGUGAAUAUUUUCGCAAGCCACUGUAGUUUUGUGUCAACAAAAAGAAGUGGUUAAAUAUGUGCAACAAAAAAAAAUUAUAUAUAUAUAUAUACAGUGCCUUUGGAAAGUAUUCAGACCACUUGACUUUUUCCACAUUUUGUUACGUUACCACCUUAUUCUAAAAUUGAUUUAAAAAAACAAAUUCUCAGCAAUCUACACACAAUACUCCAUAAUGACAGACAAAGCGAAAACAGGUUUUUAGAAAUGUUUGCAAAUGUAUUAAAAAUCUAAACAGAAAUACCUUAUUUACAUAAGUAUUCAGACCCUUUGCUAUGAGACUCGAAAUUGAGCUCAGGUGCAUCCUGUUUACAUUGAUCAUCCUUGAGAUGUUUCUACAACUUGAUUGGAGUCCACCAGUGGUAAUUUCAAUUGAUUGGUCAUGAUUUGGAAAGGCACACACCUGUCUAUAUAAGGUCCCACAGUUGACAGUGCAUGUCAGAGCAAAAACCAAGCCAUGAGGUCGAAGGAAUUUUCCAUGGAAGAAGUUUGGAACCACCAAGACUUCCUAGACCUGGCCGCCCGGCCAAACUGAGCAAUCGGGGGAGAAGGGCCUUGGUCAGGGAGGUGACCACGAACCCGAUUCCUCUAGGGUUCCUCUGUGGAGAUGGGAGAACCUUCCAGAAGGACAACCAUCUCUGCAGCACUCACCCAAUCAGGCCUUCAUGGUAUUGGCCAGACGGAAGCAAUUCCUCAGUAAAAGGCACAUGACAUCCUGCUUGGAGUUUGCCAAAAGGCACCUAAAGACUCUCAACCAUGAGAAACAGGAUUCUCUGGUCUGAUGAAACCAAGAUUGAACUCUUUGGCCUGAAUGCCUAGCGUCACGUCUGGAGGAAACCUGGCACCAUCCCUACGGUGAAGAAUGAGAGACUUGAAAAAAGCUGUGCAGCAUUGCUCUCCAUCCAACCUGACAGAGCUUGAGAGGAUCUGCAGAGAAGAAUGGGAGAAACCCCCCAAAUACAGGUGUGCCAAGCUUGUAGCGUCUUACCCAAGAAGACUCGAUGCUGUAAUCGCUGUCAAAGGUGCUUCAACAAAGUACUGAGUAAAGGGUCUGAAUACUUAUGUAAAUGUUAUAUUUCAGUUUUGUAUUUUUUAUAAAUUAGCAAAAACUUAUAAAAACCUGUUUUUGCUUCGUCAUUAUGGGGUAUUGUGUGUAGAUUGAUGAGGGGAAAAAAACAAUUUAAUACAUUUUAGAAUAAGGCUGUAACUUUAUAAAAUAUGGAAAGAGUCAAGGGGACUGAAUACUUUCUGAAGGCACUGUAUAUAUUUCCUGAGCUUUCUUAUAGCUACUAGAUAUAGGGACAGACACUUCAAAACCUUGUUCCUUAUGAUGUUUUUUUUUCCUGUCUUUUUUUGCCAUUCAUGAAUGUGGUAUUCAAUGAGGUUAAACACUAUUAUUGCACGCAGAGUGAGUCCAUGCAACGUAUUAUGUGACUUGUUAAGCACAUUUUACUCCUGAGCUUAUUUAGGCUUGCCAUAACAAAGGGGUUGAAUACUUAUUGACUCAAGACAUUUCAGCUUUUCAUUUUCUAUUAAUUUAUAAACAUUUUGAAUAACAUAAUUCCACUUUGACGUUAUGUGGUAUUGUGUGUAGGCCAGUGACAAAAAAUCUCUAUUUGAUCCAUUUUAAAUUCAGGCUGUAACACAACAAAAUGUGGAAAAAGUAAAUGAGUGUGAAUACUUUCUGAAGCUCUGCUCUCUCCCAGGAAUCACACACAAACACACACACACCAUACGUCUUGCAUACACACACACAGAGAAACACACACACACUCAGGUAUUACCUCCAAGGGACGGCAUUGCUACGGCAACGGGUGCCUUGCUCCUCUAAUGAUCUUGUUGCCAUGCCAGUGGUGUUGGCUACAGUAUCAAACGGAUAGGCAGAGGGGGAGAAAACUAUAGAAAAUGUUGUCCCAAAUGUUUUUUAAUAAAGAAUUAUAUGGAAAUAGACUCCAUAAACAUCAGCGUAAAAUCGAAUUAGUGCAAAGUUACCAGAUGCAUAUAAAAACAUCAAAGACAUUGUCCAUUGUGAUCAGAAAGCCUCUAGUGUAUCAAACACAGACAUGUGCCCCAUGUAGCUCAGCUGGUAAAGCAUGGCGCUUGCAACUCCAGGGUUGUGGGUUUGAUUCCCACAUGGGGCCAGUAUGAAAAUGUAUGCACUCACUAACUGUAAGUUGCUCUGGAUAAGAGCGUCUGCUAAAUGACUAAAAUGUAAAUGUGUGGGGGGAAAAGCGCUUUAUCCUCCAAAGAAGUUUAUGAAGAAAAUCUCUGUCUUCCAUUGAUUGCAAUGCAGGUCUAGGGUUAUGGCAUAGGCAGAUAAUUGGUUUAGUUGACAGAGUGAGUGUUGUACUCUGGGCCUAGUAAUUAUUGAGUCUUAUUGUGUGUGUGUUGAAUCUUGUUAGAUGUUAAUAGACAUGGCAACUGAUUAAUAAUUUACACACAUUUCAUUUGUAUUCAAAUGAGUCAGAAUGGUGAUAGUGAAUCAGUAGCUUUACAGCGAAUGAGCACAUUUGAUGUUCAAUAGUUUGUAUCAGUUAGAUUAUUUGUUUAUUUCAAGUAGAGUAAGCAUGAUUAUUGUCCGUUUUCAAUGAGACCAGUAAAGGGGCAUCGAUAGAAAGGCGAAACCAAUUUCCAUAAAUUACUUGCUACGUCUACUUUUAAAACAAACUCUUGUCAAUCAAGAGCCAUUAAUACAGCCUCGUUGCUAAAAUGUCACAAUGUUAUAAUUAACUGCCAUGAUGCUUUAGAUUUGGAUAACAAAUUGUGUGUCAAGCUAAUCAUACACCUUACAGUCAAAUCAAAUGGCAUUUAAAAUGUAGAACUCACCUUUGCCGCACUCCUUCCUUCCAUCCAACACUCACACGCACACACACACACACACACACACACACACACACACACACACACACACACACACACACACACACACCACCUUGAAAAUAAUACACUCAAGAUCUCAUGCUUAUUAACUCUCCACUGUGCUGUCUCUCAUCUCCUACCUUUGUCAGAGGUGUCUGCAGUUUGACCCUGACUUCACGGUGUGGAGCGCCAAGCAGCAGGUCGUCUGUUCGCUGAACGAGCCACUGUGGGACAUCUACAACUACGGCCUCUUCCAGCCCGCCGGAGAGGGACGAGACGCCAUGUUCCUGGAGGAGGAGCGCUGCCUCCGAGACUACCCACAGUCCUUUGAGAAAGGGGUGCCUUACCUGGAGGUAUUUUGAUGGGAGACACUGGAUGUUAGAGAGUGAAGCAGUAAUAAUAUGUUGAUCCUAUUUAGAUUGAGGCUUUUCAGGAUGUGCAUUUAAAUCUCACUAAGACUAGUGGGCUGCCCCCAAGUCAGAUUUUCAUUGCAUUUUCUUUAACUGACUUGAUAUGCAUGGAUUUUACCUCAACCUUAACCAGUUUGUAGGAGAAAAACAGACUUCUUAUAGAUGUAUUGAUAUACAUUAGUUUUUUAGUGGUUUUGCAGUGCUUAGAUUUUUCACUGUGGAGCUCCACCUAUUGUAAAAGCAAUAUACAGGACAGUGAUACCCAUGCACUGAUAUUAGGAUGCCCUCUGGUGGUGUGUCUGUUGCAAGUGUUUAUGACCUGGGUGGGGUUCCAAAUAUGUAAGCGGUCAGGGCUAGAGUUUUUGUUCCAGAGGCACUACAGUGUUUAGAUUAGGCAUUGUUGGAGCCAGGAGUAUGAAAACAAUGUGGUUUUUAUCCUUCAGAUGGUUUUAAAUAUUUGCUUUUACUGCAAAUAUUUUCUGUUCCACAGUUUAGGUACAAGACCAGGGUAUACAAACAAACAAACCUGGAUGAAAAACUACUUACUAAACUGCACACGAAGGUACUUCCUAUGUUAUUAUAAUAUGUUUAUGUCCCUUUGUAGGUGAAACAUAUACAGCUAUGGAAAUGAAUGUUUAUGGCAGACCAAUGUUUAUAUUGUCCAGUGAACAUCUUCCCUUGCAGGCAAGUCUGAAAAAGUUCAUGGACUACAUUUCGAGUGGAUCAUUAGAUAAGAUGUCAAAGGUCCUGGACAAAGGCCUCGACCCAAACUACCAUGACCCUGGCAAUGGAGGUGAGUUGAAAACUAGCUUGAUAGGGUUGCCACUGCAUGACUCUGACACUGCUUUCAGUCAAAUGUCAAAUGAUCAGUUUAGAUAUUGACAACCCCCUUAAAUCUCAAACUCUUUCUUUGCUCCCGCCCUCUCUUCAUGGUCCUCCAUUUCCCCCUCCCUCCUUUCUUUCUCUCCCUCCUCUUCAGAGUCCCCUCUGUCUGUGGCGGUCCAAUCUGGUAUGACAGUGGAGGGGAUCAGGGCGCUCGUUCAGGGUGGGGCCCAUGUCGACUUUAGAACCAGAGAUGGACUGACAGCUGUACACAAGGCUGUCAGGGCACACAAUCACGUUGCGCUGCUGGUAACUAGGACUCCACACACACACACACACCACACACAUCAUGGAUUCAAUAAACUUGUAUUUUCUCCAUCCUUGCCAGGCUCUACUGUCCCUGGGAGCGUCUCCUGACUACAAAGACCGAUGUAGCCUGACCCCGCUGUACCACUCAGUGCUGAUAGGUGGCGACACUUCCUGCUGCGAGACCCUACUCUACUACAGGGCCAGACUGGGAGUGAGGGAUGAAAACGGCUGGGAGGAGUCUCACCAGGUAUCCGUCUGGCUGUCUAAAGCAGGGACGGCCCUUUUGCAGGCCCGCAGAUCAAUUUCCCCCAAAAAUAGAAUGGUCUCCUUCCGUAUGAUCGUCACGCACGAUAUCUCAGACAGGAGGGGGGGGGGGGGGGGGGGUGCUGGAUCAUUCGUGGGAGACAACAUGUAUACUGUUGUUUUUAUGUCUAUUCAUUUUAUAUGUAUUUUCGUCUUCUGUGUAUUAUCAUACGUUGAUAUAGUACAUUAGGUUUUUACUUUACUUUCAGUCUCCUGUCCUGUUCAUGUCUUCAACAUUUCACCCCUCUUUCUCUACUCUCCUUUCUCCUCCAUUGAGAAAUACUCUCACUCAUCUCUUUCCAUUCAUUCCCUUUCCUCCCCUCUUCCUUUCUCUCCAUAGCUCAGGGAUGAAGAGGAAUUUGGAAUGCAAGAAAUACACAAGGUACUCAUCAUGUAAUCCAUUAAUACUUCCAUUUAAGUCAUGAAGUUGCGGGAAGAGUAACACUUAGGAUCAUUGUAUGGGACACUUUUAAAUGUGCCUUUAGAGGCCAUGCAAUUCAGUACUCAAAAGCAAUUUAGGUCAAAAGAGUCCAUACUAACAAAGGAAAUAGAAGGUCUAACAGAACAGAUAGAUAGCAAUAAAAACUGUAACAUAGUGGCUCAGAAUACAUUAGAGGAAAAACCAAAAGAAAUUGAGAAACUUAUUCAAUAAAGAUCAAGUGUAAUAUAUUAUAGAAAAUAAACCAAACUGGAUGGAAUAUGGGGAAAAUGCACCAAAUUAUUUUUUAAUCUUCAACAUAGAAAUACUACCAAAAAUAAUUUACUGAAACUGGUUACAAAUGACGGAGUCACCCUUGAUUCACCAAAUUAUAUUUUGAAGGAGGAAGCAAAGUACUUUAAGCAUAUGUUUUCGUUUCAGUCGCCCCCAUCUCCUCUAACUGAAGCUAAUUGUAGCGAUUUUCUUUCUAUUGAUAAUGUAAAAUUAACAGCCAUACAGAAAGACUCAUGUGAAGGUGAAAUUACAGAGGAUGAACUUCUGGAUGCAAUUAAAGACUUUAAGUCCGGGAAAACUCCAGGGUUGGAUGGCAUACCAGUCGAGGUAUACCAAACCUUUUUUGAUAUACUCAGAGGACCGUUAUUAGCAUGUUUUAACCACUCCUAUGUAAAUAUAGAUUAUCAGACACUCAAGAAGAAGGUCUAAUUUCAUUAUUACUGAAACAGGAUACAAGUGGAAAAUAUAAAGAUCCAGUCCAUUUAAACAUUUGGAGGCCCCUUACACUUCAGUGUUGCGGUGCAAAAAUUCUAGCAAAAUGUAUAGCGCAUAGAAUUAAAAAGGUAUUGUCGGACAUUAUUCAUUCUAAUCAGACAGGUUUUUUACAUGGACGAUACAUUGGAGAUAAUAUAAGGCAAGUACUGGAAACAAUAGAACACUAUGAAAAAUCUGGGAAACCAGGCCUGCUAUUCAUAGCAGACUUUGAAAAAAAGUAUGACUGGAGUUUAUAUAUAAAUGCCGGAGCUUUUCAAUUUUGGAGAAUCUCUUAUACAAUGGGUUAAAAUCAUGUAUAGUAACCCUAGGUGUAAAAUAGUACAUAAUGGCUAUUUCUCCUAAAGUUUUAAACUGUCAAGAGGAGUAAAACAAGGUUGUCCACUAUUUGCAUAUCUAUUUAUUAUGGCCAUCGAAAUGUUAGCUAUUAAAAUCAGAUCCAACAAUAAUAUCAAGGGAUUAGAAAUCCAGGGCUUAAAAGCAAAGGUGUCAUUGUACGCUGAUGAUUCAUGUUUUCUUUUAAAUCCACAACUUGAAUCCCUCCAUAGCCUCAUAGAGGAUCUAGAUUAAUUUUCUAACCUCUCUGGAUUACAACCAAAUUAUGAUAAAUGUACUAUAUUAUGUAUUGGAUCACUAAAAAAUACAAUUUUUACAUUACCAUGUAGUUUACCAAUACAAUGGUCUGAUGGUGAUGUGGAUAUACUCGGAAUACAUAUCCCAAAUGAAAUAAAUGAUCUCACUCCAAUACAUUUUUAUAGAAAGUUAGCAAAAAUAGAUAAGAUCUUGCUACCAUGGAAAGGUAAAUACAUGUCUAUUUGUGGAAAAAUCACCCGGAUUUAACUCUUUAGUAUUAUCCCAGUUUACCUAUUUGCUUAUGGUCUUGCCUACGCCUAGCGAACAGUUGUUUAAAUUAUAUGAUAAAAAAAUAUUCCAUGUUAUUUGGAACGGCAAGCCAGACAAAAUUAAACGGGCCUAUUUAUAUAAUGAAUAUGAAUUUGGAGGACAGAAAUGAUUAACUAUUAAAGCAUUAGACCUAUCACUAAAAGCUUCAGUCAUACAAAAGUUAUACUUAUAUCCGAACUGGUUCUCUAGCAAAUUAGUAAGAUUGUCUCACCCUAUGUUCAAGAAUGGCCUUUUUCCCUUUAUUCAGAUUACAACCUCGCACUUUCAGUUAUUUGAAAAGGAAAUAAUCUCCCAAAUAUCACUAUUUCUAAAACAAGCCAUAGAAAGUUGGUUGCAAUUUCAAUUAAAUCCUCCAGAAACGACAGAACAAAUAAUGCAACCAAUAUUGUGGUUAAACUGAAAUAUACUAAUUGAUUAAAAAACAUUAUUUUUAGAAAAAAUGUUUUAAAAAGGUAUAAUCUUCGUAAAUUAUAUCAUAGGUAGGACUGGUGGAGUUAUGUCGCACAUGCAGCUAACAAAAACAUAUGGCAAUGUCUGCCCUACCCAAAAUUACAACCAAAUAAUUGUAGCAUUACCACAAAAAUGGAAGAGGAAAGUGGAAGGGGGGAAAAGUAAGGAACUUGUCUGUCGGCCCUGCAUUAAAGAAUAUAAUUGGUUAAAGAAAAUUGUGAUAAAUAAAAAAGUAUACCAGUUUCAUUUAAGGACCAAAGGAUCGACAGCCGUCCCAUAUAGAUUGCAAAAUAGUUGGGAAGAGAUUUUUGACGUACCGAUUCCAUGGAUUAGUGUUUAUGAACUGAUACGCAAAAUUCAAAACGUAUAAUUUUUCAAUUUUAAUUAUUAUACAAAAUUGUUGCUACCAAUAGAAUGUUAUUUAUAUGGGGGAUACAAUCUUCCCAGCUCUGUAGAUUUUGCUGUGAAGAGACAGAACCAUUAGAUAAUUUGUUUUGGUACUGUCCGUUUGUAGCUUGUUUUUGGACACAGGUCCAGGAAUGGCUGAAGGAUUGCAAUAUUUACCUGGCGCUAACCCUGCAGAUAGCACUACUGGAUGAUCUGAAAAGUAAUAGUCAAUCGAUCAAUAAUAUAAUAAUACUUUUAGCAAAAAUGUUUAUUUUCAAAUUACGAUCUGUAGAAACAAUGAGACUAGAAGGGUUCAGAACUUUUGUGAAACAUCACAGUACAGUUGAAAAAUAUAUGAUGAAUAGAAAUCCAAUAUGGAUGUGUUAAGAGAUACAGUGGGGGGGGAAAUUAUUUAGUCAGCCACCAAUUGUGCAAGUUCUCCCACUUAAAAAGAUGAGAAAGGCCUGUAAUUUUCAUCAUAGGUACACGUCAACUAUGACAGAGAAAUUGAGAGGAAAAAAAUCCAGAAAAUCACAUUGUAGGAUUUUUAAUGAAUUUAUUUGCAAAUUAUGGUGGAAAAUAAGUAUUUGGUCACCUACAAACAAGCAAGAUUUCUGGCUCUCACAGACCUGUAACUUCUUCUUUAAGAGGCUCCUCUGUCCUCCACUCGUUACCUGUAUUAAUGGCACCUGUUUGAACUUGUUAUCAGUAUAAAAUACACCUGUCCACAUCCUCAAACAGUCACACUCCAAACUCCACUAUGGCCAAGACCAAAGAGCUGUCAAAGGACACCAGAAACAAAAUUGUAGACCUGCACCAGGCUGGGAAGACUGAAUCUGCAAUAGGUAAGCAGCUUGGUUUGAAGAAAUCAACUGUGGGAGCAAUUAUUAGGAAAUGGAAGACAUACAAGACCACUGAUAAUCUCCCUCGAUCUGGGGCUCCACGCAAGAUCUCACCCCGUGGGGUCAAAAUGAUCACAAGAACGGUGAGCAAAAAUCCCAGAACCACACGGGGGGACCUAGUGAAUGACCUGCAGAGAGCUGGGACCAAAGUAACAAAGCCUACCAUCAGUAACACACUACGCCGCCAGGGACUCAAAUCCUACAGUGCCAGACGUGUCCCCCUGCUUAAGCCAGUACAUGUCCAGGCCCGUCUGAAGUUUGCUAGAGUGCAUUUGGAUGAUCCAGAAGAGGAUUGGGAGAAUGUCAUAUGGUCAGAUGAAACCAAAAUAGAACUUUUUGGUAAAAACUCAACUCGUCGUGUUUGGAGGACAAAGAAUGCUGAGUUGCAUCCAAAGAACACCAUACCUACUGUGAAGCAUGGGGGUGGAAACAUCAUGCUUUGGGGCUGUUUUUCUGCAAAGGGACCAGGACGACUGAUCCGUGUAAAGGAAAGAAUGAAUGGGGCCUUGUAUCGUGAGAUUUUGAGUGAAAACCUCCUUCCAUCAGCAAGGGCAUUGAAGAUGAAACGUGGCUGGGUCUUUCAGCAUGACAAUGAUCCCAAACACACCGCCCGGGCAACGAAGGAGUGGCUUCGUAAGAAGCAUUUCAAGGUCCUGGAGUGGCCUAGCCAGUCUCCAGAUCUCAACCCCAUAGAAAAUAUUUGGAGGGAGUUGAAAGUCUGUGUUGCCCAGCGACAGCCCCAAAACAUCACUGCUCUAGAGGAGAUCUGCAUGGAGGAAUGGGCCAAAAUACCAGCAACAGUGUGUGAAAACCUUGUGAAGACUUACAGAAAACGUUUGACCUGUGUCAUUGCCAACAAAGGGUAUAUAACAAAGUAUUGAGAAACUUUUGUUAUUGACCAAAUACUUAUUUUCCACCAUAAUUUGCAAAUAAAUUCAUAAAAAAUCCCACAAUGUGAUUUUCUGGAUUUUUUUUCCUCAUUUUGUCUGUCAUAGUUGACGUGUACCUAUGAUGAAAAUUACAGGCCUCUCUCAUCUUUUUAAGUGGGAGAACUUGCACAAUUGGUGGCUGACUAAAUACUUUUUUUCCCCACUGUAGAUGGGAGGUGUUGAAUAGAGAUGGAUGGGACUAAUAACAACUAACAACAACUAAUAACAACAAGAUAACUAAUGUAAAGAAUACUGUGUCCAUAAUAAGUAUAUAGGUUAUAGGUUGAGAGCUUUUGUGAAAGAGCACAGUUAGAAAGAUAUGGCAUAUACAGUAGAAGCAAACCAGAUGGACAUCAUGAAAAUGAUCGGAGAGGUUGAGGGUAGAGGAAGUUCAGGAGUAAAAACAAACAAAAUAGAAUUAUUGUAAAAUUGACUGUGUCCAUAAAAUGUAUAUAGUAUGUAUAAGCUGGAAGUAGAGGCCUAAGCGUUGUUGUUCACUAGUUUACUCCAAUUAGGGAAGGGGUGGUGGGGUUGGAAAGUAAUAAAGGGAAAUAUAAUUUAUUUGAUAUGUGUAUAUAUUGUAUUUAUAUGUAAAGUAUGUAUGUGUAUACCCUCACUGUAUGUAUAUAAGUAUUUGAUCCCUUGCUGAUUUUGUACGUUUGCCCACUGACAAAGAAAUGAUCAGUCUAUAAUUUUAAUGGUAGGUUUAUUUGAACAGUGAGAGACAGAAUAACAACAAAAAAAUCCAGAAAAACGCAUGUCUAUAAUGUUAUACAUUGAUUUACAUUUUAAUGAGGGAAAUAAGUAUUUGACCCCCUCUCAAUCAGAAAGAUUUCUGGCUCCCAGGUGUCUUUUAUACAGGUAACGAGCGGAGAUUAGGAGCACACUCUUAAAGGGAGUGCUCCUAAUCUCCGUUUGUUACUUGUAUAAAAGACACCUGUCCACAGAAGCAAUCAAUCAAUCAGAUUCCAAACUCUCCACCAUGGCCAAGACCAAAGAGCUCUCCAAGGAUGUCAGGGACAAGAUUGUAGACCUACACAAGGCCGGAAUGGGCUACAAGACCAUUGCCAAGCAGCUUGGUGAGAAGGUGACAACAGUUGGUGCGAUUAUUCGCAAAUGGAAGAAACACAAAAGACCUGUCAAUCUCCCUCGGCCUGGGGCUCCAUGCAAGAUCUCACCUCGUGGAGUUGCAAUGAUCAUGAGAACGGUGAGGAAUCAGCCCAGAACUACAUGGGAGGAUCUUGUCAAUGAUCUCAAGGCAGCUGGGACCAUAGUCACCAAGAAAACAAUUGGUAACACACUACGCCGUGAAGGACUGAAAUCCUGCAGCGCCCGCAAGGUCCCCCUGCUCAAGAAAGCACAUAUACAGGGCCGUCUGAAGUUUGCCAAUGAACAUCUGAAUGAUUCAGAGGAGAACUGGGUGAAAGUGUUGUGGUCAGAUGAGACCAAAAUCGAGCUCUUUGGCAUCAACUCAACUCGCCGUGUUUGGAGGAGGAGGAAUGCUGCCUAUGACCCCAAGAACACCAUCCCCACCGUCAAACAUGGAGGUGGAAAAAUUAUGCUUUGGGGGUGUUUUUCUGCUAAGGGGACAGGACAACUUCACCGCAUCAAAGGGACGAUGGAGGGAACCUCCUUCCCUCAGCCAGGGCAUUGAAAAUGGGUCGUGGAUGUGUAUUCCAGCAUAACAAUGACCCAAAACACACGGCCAAGGCAACAAAGGAGUGGCUCAAGAAGAAGCACAUUAAGGUCCUGCCAGUCUCCAGACCUUCAUCCCAUAGAAAAUCUGUGGAGGGAGCUGAAGGUUCGCGUUGCCAAACGUCAGCCUCGAAACCUUAAUGACUUGGAGAAGAUCUGCAAAGAGGAGUGGAACAAAAUCCCUCCUGAGAUGUGUGCAAACCUGGUGGCCAACUACAAGAAACGUCUGACCUAUAUGAUUGCCAACAAGGGUUUUGCCACCAAGUACUAAGUCAUGUUUUGCAGAGGGGUCAAAUACUUAUUUCCCUGAUUUAAAAUGCAAAUCAAUUUAUAACAUUUUUGACAUGCGUUUUUCUGGAUUUUUUUGUUGUUAUUCUGUCUCUCACUGUUCAAAUAAACCUACCAUUAAAAUUAUAGACUGAUCAUGUAUUUGUCAGUGGGCAUACGUACAAAAUCAGCAGGGGAUCAAAUACUUUUUUCCCUCACUGUACACUACCGUUCAAAAGUUUGGGGUCACAUAGAAAUGUCCUUGUUUUCGAAAGAAAAGCAAUUUUCAAAAUAACAUCAAAUUGAUCAGAAAUACAGUGUAGAUAUUGUUAAUGUUGUAAAUGGCUAUUGUAGCUGGAAACUGCUUAUUUUUAAUGGAAUAUCUACAUAGGCGUAUAGAGGCCCAUUAUCAGCAACCAUCAGUCCUGUGUUCCAAUGGCACGUUGUGUUUGCUAAUCCAAGUUUAUCAUUUUAAAAGGCUAAUUGAUCAUUAUAAAACCCUUUUGCAAUUAUGUUAGUACAGCUGAAAACUGUUGUGGUGAUUAAAGAGUGGUCCUCUGUAGCUCAGCUGGUAGAGCACGGCGCUUGUAACGCCAAGGUAGUGGGUUCGAUCCCCGGGACCACCCAUACACAAAAAUGUAUGCACGCAUGACUGUAAGUCGCUUUGGAUAAAAGCGUCUGCUAAAUGGCAUAUUAUUAUUAUUAUUAUUUAAAGAAGCAGUAAAACUGGCCUUCUUGAAACUGGUUGAGUAUCUGGAGCAUCAGCAAUUGUGGGUUUGAUUACAGGCUAAAAAUGGACAGAAAGAAAUAACUUUAUUUUGAAACUCAUCAGUCUAUUCUUGUUCUGAGAAAUGAAGGUUAUUCCAUGCGAGAAAUUGCCAAGAAUCUGAAGAUCUCGUACAACGCUGUAUACUACUACCUUCACAGAACAGCGCAAACUGGCUCUAACCAGAAUAGAAAGAGGAGUGGGAGGCCCCGGUCCACAACUGAGCAAGAGGACAAAUACAUUAGAGUGUCUAGUUUGAGAAACAGGCGCCUCGCAGGUCCUCAACUGGCAGCUUCAUUAAAUAGUACCCGCAAAACACAAGUCUCAACGUCAACAGUGAAGAGGCGACUCCGGGAUUCUGACCUUCUAGGCAGAGUUGCAAAGAAAAAGCCAUAUCUCAGACUGCCCAUCUUAAUCUUUUCUUUUUAUUGGCCACCUCUUCACUGUUGACGUUGAGACUGGUGUUUUGCAGGUACUAUUUAAUGAAGCUGCCAGUUGAGGACCUGUGAGUAAAACAAUUUCAUCAUUUUUAGAAUAAGGCUGUAACAUAAUAAAAUGUGGAAAAAGUCAAAGGGUCUGAAUACUUUCCGAAUACACUGUAUAUUUCAUUUAUUUGCAAUUGAUUGUGACGUGAUGAUCCUUCUACAACCCCUGAGAUUUUAUUUUGCUAAUAAUUGUAAUCUUUAGAUACUUUUUUUACACACUUCCCCCAAGGCCUGCCAGAAUGGUUUUGCCCAGCACCUGGAGCACCUUCUGUUUUAUGGGGCAGAUACCACUUCUCAGAAUGCCUUAGGGAAUACCGCACUUCACAUUUGUGCCCUGUAUAAUAAGGUAAGUACCAUUUAAAAUACGCAAUAAAGAGUGUUUGUGUCCAUUCAAAGUUGAACUUAAAGUAACUGGUAUGUGAGUUCCAAAAUUACUGUGUGAUAUUUUAGUCCUGAAUCAAGUUAAAGGUCCAAUGCAGCCGUUUUUAUCGAAAUAUCAAAUCAUUUCUGGAUAACAAUGAAGUACCUUACUGUGAUUGUUUUCAAUUAAAAUGAUAAAAAAGAAACAAAUAGCUUCUUAGCAAAGAGCAAUUACUCAAGCAAGAAUGUUGCUAGGACUGUCUGGGAGUGGUUUAAGUGGUCUUUAAAAACAGCUCUUACACUGAAAGGGUUAUCAUCAUUUUCACAAUUUCACAGAAUUAUUCCAACCUCAAAGUGUGGAAAUAGAUAUAAAACAAAUGAAAAUUAAGUUUUUGACUGCACUGGGCCUUUAAACAGCGUCUGUCUUUCUGGCCUAUCAGGAAAGCUGUGUUCGUGUUCUGCUCUACAGAGGGGCCAAUAAGGAAAUGAAGAACAAGCAUGGACAAACCCCGUUUCAGGUAUCAAUAACAACUUCAUGUUUUCAGUUUUCUUAAUUUUUUUUAUACAGCCGACUACGCCAAAUGUAAUCAGGGUUGUUAUACGUAAAUAAACCAUUGAGUUGAACAUCAGUUACUUGUUAUAAAUGUAUUAUUUGCAAAGCAUUUAUUAAAUUAGGUGUUUAAUGUUUUGGGGGAACUGUACCUGUACCUGGUGCAUGUAUUAGGGGAAUGUUGCACAGUUGCAUGUAAUUGUGUGUGUGUGUACAUGUGUCUGUGUUUUGAAGGUAGCAGUAAUGUCAGGCCAUUUUGAAAUCGGGGAAAUCAUCAAAAACCACAGAGAUGCAGAUGUAGGUAAGUCUUGGUCCUCCACUUGGGUCUCUUCAGAUUAUGAAGUGAUUGAUAGUGUGUUUUGAUGCAUGAGUGUCUACUGUAUUUAUUUUGUUCUGUCUGCUAUGAAUCACUUUGCAGUGCAUUGUUUGGUAUGAAUGUUCUGCUUCAUCAAUCAACCUUUGACUCACAUCUGUUGUCUUUUGCCAUCUUAUUAAGUUGUUUUAUCACACUGGUAGAUAGUAUUUCAUGUGGUGCAUUGUAUCAGAAUAGAGGCUAAUCCCUAGACAUUUUACAAACUAUUUUGUUUCUGUGUUGGUUCAGAUGUGGCUUGAACUUGUGUGGUUUGAAGAAAGUUGCUAACUAGCGAUAGCGCAAUUGCUAACUAGUAUUAGCGGAAUGACUGGUAGUCUAUGGUAACAGCUAGCUGUUACCAUAGACUAUAGACUUCCAGUCAUUGCGCUAAUGCUAGUUAGCAUUGGCCUGUAAAACUACCUCUAACUUCCUUCAUACUGGAUGCAGAGACAUGAAAACAGUAUCCAUGAGCUCAUCUGACUCUGGGGAAGUACAUGAAGGGCUUCAUUGCCAAAAUCCCGAAGUAUCCCUUUUACCUCAAGUGAUCCUUUAGAUGAUUGCUUGCCCAGUUUCAGGGUUGUGUUGUGUGGUGUUCAAGUCCAUCCGUGUUGCUUGUGGAUUGUCUUUGCAUCCGAAUCACUUGGGUCUGGUUGGUAAUCGUUCACACUCUCACAAUAUUCCCUCCUUCUUUCUCUCCCCCUCUUGCACUAACCUCACUGCUCUCCCACCUAUCUGUCAAUAUCUUUUCUCAGUGCCCUUUCUGGAAUUCCCAAAGUAUGCUCCCAAAAGAGGAGAGAGUGCACGCACGCUCCCUCUCCUCAUGGCUCACCCCCACCCCCUCCUGCGUGCUAACAGUGAUAACAGCAUGACCCUGCCUGAUACCAUGGCCCUGCCCAACAAGGCUGCUAGAUCCAAUCCCAUCCCUGGACAGGUACUGAGAGGCACAGUAUGGAGAUGCAGUGGGAAAUUCCUACUUCAUUGUUUAUUGGGGAGCUAUGCUUUUAGUUACUCUGAGAUCUUAAGCAAUGAUUUGUGAGUUUGGGUUUGUGUAAGUGUCAACACAAUUAUAUCAUUCAGCCUAUGUAUUUAUAUAAUCAGUGUGUGUGUGUGUGUGUGUGUGUGUACUUGUUUGUUCCCCUCUCUCUCUAGGGUCGCAGGGCCUCUGUAGGUGUGAGGAGCUCCAGCAGUCCCAGGGCCCGUACCCGCUCCCCAUCACGAGGAAGAGGAGGAGGACAGAGUGACACAGAGGAGAGGCAUCACAGCAAACCACAGCGCGGCAGACAGGGGUGAGGACAUAGUGGAGGGAGUGACCGUACAGUUGAAGUCUGAAGUUUACAUACACUUAGGUUGGAGUCAUUAAAACUCGUUUUUCAACCACUCCACAAAUUUAUUGUUAACAAACUAUAGUUUUGGCAAGUCGGUUAGGACAUCUACUUUGUGCAUGACACAAGUAAUUUUUCCAACAAUUGUUUACAGACAGAUUAUUUCACUUAUAAUUCACUGUAUCACAAUUCCAGUGGGUCAGAAGUUUACAUACACUAAGUUGACUGUGCCUUUAAACAGCUUGGAAAAUUCCAGAAAAUGAUGUCAUGGCUUUAGAAGCUUCUGAUAGGCUAAUUGACAUAAUUUGAGUCAAUUGGAGGUGUACCUGUGGAUGUAUUUCAAGGUCUACUCAGUGCCUCUUUGCUUGACAUCAUGGGAAAAUCAAAAGAAUCAGCCAAGACCUAAGAAAAAUUAUUGUAAACCUCCAAAAGUCUGUUUCAUCUUUGGGAGCAAUUUCCAAACGCCUGAAGGUACCACGUUCAUCUGUACAAACAAUAGUACGCAAGUAUAAACACCAUGGGACCAUGCAGCCGUCAUACCGCUCAGGAAGGAGACGCGUUCUGUCUCCUAGAGAUGAACAUACUUUGGUGCGAAAAGUGCAAAUCCAUCCCAGGACAACAGCAAAGGACCUUGUGAAGAUGCUGGAGGAAACAGGUACAAAAGUAUCUAAAUCCACAGUAAAACGAGUCCUAUAUCGACAUAACCUGAAAGGCCGCUCAGCAAGGAAGAAGCCACUGCUCCAAAACCACCAUAAAAAAGCCAGACUACGGUUUGCAACUGCACAUGGGGACAAAGAUCAUACUUUUUGGAGAAAUGUCCUCUGGUCUGAUGAAACAAAAAUAUAACUGUUUGGCCAUAAUGACCAUCGUUAUGUUUGGAGGAAAAAGGGGGUUGCUUGCAAGCCGAAGAACACCAUCCCAGCUGUGAAGCACGGGAGUGGCAGCAUCAUGCUGAGGUGGUGCUUUGCUGCAGGAGGGACUGGUGCACUUCACAAAAUAGAUGGCAUCAUGAGGAAGGAAAAUUAUGUGGAUAUAUUGAAGCAACAUUUCAAGACAUCAGUCAGGAAAUUAAAGCUUGGUUGCAAAUGGGUCUUCCAAAUGGACAAUGACUCCAAGCAUACUUCCAAAGUUGUGGCAAAAUGGCUUAAGGACAACACAGUCAAGGUAUUGGAGUGGCCAUCACAAAGCCCUGACCUCAAUCCUAUAGAAAAUGUGUGGGCAGAACUGAAAAAGCAUGUGCGAGCAAGGAGGCCUACAAACCUGACUCAGUUACACCAGCUCUGUCAGGAGGAAUGGGCCAAAAUUCACCCAACUUAUUGUGGGAAGCUUGUGGAAGGCUACCCGAAACGUUUGACCCAAGUUAAACAAUUUAAAGGCAAUGCUACCAGAUACUAAUUGAGUGUAUGUAAACUUCUGACCCACUGGGAAUGUGAUGAAAGAAAUAAAAGCUGAAAUAAAUCAUUCUCUCUACUAUUAUUCUGACAUUUCACAUUCUUAAAAUAAAGUGGUGAUCCUAACUGACCUAAAACAGGGAAUUUUUACUAGGAUUAAAUGUCAGGAAUUGUGAAAAACUGAGUUUAAAUGUAUUUGGCUAAGGUGUAUGUAAACUUCCGACUUCAACUGUACAUAUGUAACUCUAUUUAUAAAAUAAUGUACAAAUGCAAAAUGUUGCGGUUGUCUACAGCAAAUUGACUUUUACCAGCUUUGAAGCUUCAAAACGCUUUAUUCUAAUAGUGUAAACCACUGGCAUGACUCCUAAGCCAUCCAUUAUCCUUCUGUCUCUGCUACUGGUAUCACCAGGUGUUGUUCCACUACACACUAACACAAACUCUUCUGUUCCGCUCUGUCUUUCCUCUUGCAGUGUGACCUCAACGGGUAGUGGCGGGGGAUCAGCUGGGGGUCAGAUGAGGCGUAUGUACAGUGCGGUCCCAGGGCGAGUGUACGUGGCCACAAGGGCCUACACUGCCCAUGGAGACAAAGAGCUUAGCAUCAGCAAAGGAGACAAAGUCAAAGGUAAGAGAGAUUCAGAGAGGAGUGUUUUUUUUGGAAUGCCACUGUGUUGAUGAUAAAGUUUUGAUUCACCCCUCUUCUCUUCUCUCUCUCAGUGUUGAGUGUGGGAGAGGGGGGGUUCUGGGAGGGCACAGUGAAGGGUCGUACAGGCUGGUUCCCCUCAGACUAUGUGGAGGAGGUGGGUCCUCCCAUUAAGGACAAUCGAUCAGGUGAGACAACACCACCAACCUUAUAGAAACCAAAUACUAUGUGUGUUCAGACAAAGACACUAUCGCCACUCGCAUUACAUCAGCUCAGACAAACACCAACCAAAGUCCAUCUAUAGAUGCUAGCCCAGCAUUUACUGACUGACUAAUUUUAUCGUCAUUCAGUUGCCAGCAUUCUAUUGACUGCAGGAGAUCCUCACAAUGUUACAAGCAGUAGACCAUGUAUCACAUCCACCCAGUAACAUUAAUAACACCACCACAACCAACUCGAUCAUUGUGUGUUUCAGAGAUGCACUGGAAUACAAAGUAUACAAAGACAUACGGAAUACACAAAUAGUGGAACACAAAGACACACAAAACACACAUCAAUAUAAUUGUGACACAUGAACUGUUUGUGUUCCAGAGACACGCAGUGAGAAAGCCAAGAGGAAGCUGUUUCGUAAUGUUACCGUGGGAGCAUAUGAUGGUGUGGAUGGCCCCAGGUAAGACUGGAAUUGAUAGAAGCUUGUGAUGUGUUGCUCCUCAGGGACUAGAUGUGUGGAUGAAUGACCUCACCAAAAGUCAUUUUGACCCCUGGGAAACAUGGUCACCAUGGUCACCAAGUUACAGUGCCUUCAGAAAGUAUUCAUACCCCUUGACGUAUUCCACAUUUUGUUGUGUUACAGCCUGAAUUCAAAAUGGAUGAAAAAAAAAGAUAUAUCUCACCCAUCUACACACAAUACCCCAUAAUGACAAAGUGAAAACAUGUUUUUAGAAAUGUUUGCUAAUUUAUUGAAAAUUAAAUACAGCAAUAUAUCCUUUACAUAAGUAUUCACCCCCUUGAGUCAAUACAUGCUAGAAUCACCUUUGGCAGCGAUUACAGCUGUGAGUCUUUCUGGGUAAGUGUCUAGGAGCUUUGCACAAGCUCUGUCAAGUUGGUUGUUGAUCAUUGCUAGACAGCCAUUUUCAAGUCUUACCAUAGAUUUCCAAGCCAAUUUAGGUCAAAACUGUAACUAGGCCACUCAGGAAUAUUCCAGGUUGUCUUGGUAAGCAACUCCAGUGUAUAUUUGGCCUUGUGUUUUAGGUUAUUGUCCUGCUGAAAGGUACAUUUGUCUCCCAGUGUCUGUUGGAAAGCAGACUGAACCAGGAUUUUGCCUGUGCUUAGCUCUAUUCAAUUAAUUUUUAACCCCCCAAAAAACUCCCUAGUUCUUGCCGAUGAAAAGCAUACCCAUAACAUGAUGCAGCCACCACCAUGCUUGAAAAUAUGAAGAGUGGUACUCAGUGAAGUGUUGUGUUGGAUUUGCCCCAAACAUAAUGCUUUGUAUUCAGGACAUAAAGUUCAUUUCUUUGCCACAUUUUUUGCAGUUUUACUUUUAGUGCCUUAUUGCAAACAGGAUACAUGUUUUGGAAUAUUUUUAUUCUGUACAGGCUUACACCUUUUCACUCUGUCAUUUAGGUUAGUAUUGUGGACUAUCUACAAUGUUGUUGAUCCAUCCUCAGUUUUCUCCUAUAACAGGCAUUAAACUCUGUAAUUUUUUAAAAGUCACAAUUGGCCUCAUGGUGAAAUCCCUGAUGCCUGUAUCUUUGUAGUGACUGGGUGUAUUAAUACAGCAUCCAUUCUUUGCGAGGCAUUGGAAAACCUCCCUGGUUGAAUCUGUGUUUGAAAUGUACUGCUCGACUGAGGGACCUUACAGAUAUUUGUAUAUAUGGGCUAUAGAGAUGAGGUAGUCAUUUAAAAAUAAUGUUAAACACUAUUGAGUCCAUGCAAUUUAUGUGACUUGUUAAGCAAAUUGUUACUCCUGAACUUAUUUAGGCUUGCCAUAACAAAGGAGUUGAAUACUUAUUGACUCAAGACAUUUCAGCUUUUCAUUUUUUAUUAAUUUGUAAACAUUUCUAUAAACAUAAUUCAACUUUGACAUCAUGGGGUAUUGUGUGUAGGCCAGUGACACACAAUCUAAAUUUAAUCAAUUUUAAAGCUGCAAUAUGUAACUUUUUGGGCGACCCCAAAUUCACAUAGAAAUAUGAGUUAUAGAUCUCUCAUUCUUAUUGAAAGCAAGUCUAAGUAGGAGUAGAUAUGUUCUAUGUGCGCUAUUUCUAUGCUUCCUGUUCUUAAAUUUAGUUUUUGCAUAUUUUACUUUCGGUUUUGUACACCAGCUUCAAACAGCUGAAAAUAAAAUAUUUUUGGUUAUGGGAAAUAUAUUUCAAAGCGGUUUAGAUGGUACAAUGAUUCUCUACACAAUGACUGCUUGUUUUGUCACAUAAACUGAAAUUAGGCGAACUAUUAGAAUUUUAGCAACCAGGAAAUGGCGGAGCGAUUUCUGCAUAUUGCACCUUUAAAUUUAGACUGUAACUCAACAAAAUGUGGAAAAAGUAAAGGGGUGUGAAGGCACUGUAUAAGGAUGGAGGACUAGAGACGUAGUUAAGAAACAGAAAACAAGGGCCCAGGAGAAAUCACUUUCUAACUAUGCUAACAUUGAAUGCCCAGCACUAAUCGUGCUCUGUAGCCCUUUUAAUUCUCAGUAGAAAACAUACAGUAAAAUUAAACAUGAUUUACUGUGUAAACCCAUGCUAAUGUUUUAGCGGCGUCUUGCCCUGGAGGCAGAACUGAGCGGUUUCCGCUAGAUGGGCCAGCUGCAAAGUCAAAAUUGGCUAUAUCGUAAAAAUUCAUGAAAACAAAAAAAUUUGCUUUUUGGUCGUCAUUUAAGGUUUAGGCAUUAGGGUUAGCAGUGUGGUUAGGGUUAGCAGUGUGGUUAGGGUUAGGUUUAAAAUCAGAUUUUAUGACCUUGUGGCUGUGCCAGCUAGUGACCACUGCAGAGCUACCUCCAAUACAUGAGUCAUCUCAAUAAAUGCCAACCUAAUGUUUUAGCUGUGUCUUGUAACUUGUGUCGGUGGACAGCUGGAAUCAGCUAAUUUGUUUGUGUUUCUGAGGUGUGUGUUUCUGGGUUGAGAAUUAGAUGAGGGUGUGUGUGUGUGUGUGUGUGUAUUGUGCGCGAGUGUGUUUGUGUGCGUGUAUCAGCUGUAUUUAGACCAGGCUAGUGCUAAAGGCACUGAACUAGACAAGUCAGGUCAAUUCUAUUUCUUCAAAUCAAAUUGUAUUGGUCGCAUACACAUAUUUAGCAGAUGUUAUUGCGGGUGUAGCGAAAUGCUUGUGUUCCUAGCUCAAACAGUGCAGUAAUAUGUACAGUGAGGGAAAAAAGUAUUUGAUUCCCUGCUGAUUUUGUACGUUUGCCCAAUGACAAAGACAUGAUCAGUCUAUAAUUUUAAUGGUAGGUUUAUUUGAACAGUGAGAGACAGAAAAAGAAAAAAAAAUCCAGAAAAACGCAUGUCAAACAUUUUAUACAUUGAUUUCCAUUUUAAUGAGGGAAAUAAGUAUUUGACCCCUCUGCAAAACAUGACUUAGUACUUGGUGGCAAAACCCUUGUUGGCAAUCACAGAGGUCAGACGUUUCUUGUAGUUGGCCACCAGGUUUGCACACAUCUCAGGAGGGAUUUUGUCCCACUCCUCUUUGCAGAUCUUCUCCAAGUCAUUAAGGUUUCGAGGCUGACGUUUGGCAACUCGAACCUUCAGCUCCCUCCACAGAUUUUCUAUGGGAUUAAGGUCUGGAGACUGGCUAGGCCACUCCAGGACCUUAAUGUGCUUCUUCUUGAGCCACUCAUUUGUUGCCUUGGCCGUGUGUUUUGGGUCAUUGUCAUGCUGGAAUACCCAUCCACGACCCAUUUUCAAUGCCCUGGCUGAGGGAAGGAUGUUCUCACCCAAGAUUUGACGGUACAUGGCCCCGUCCAUCGUCCCUUUGAUGCAGUGAAGUUGUCCUGUCCCCUUAGUAGAAAAACACCCCCAAAGCAUAAUGUUCCCACCUCCAUGUUUGAUGGUGGGGAUGGUGUUCUUGGGGUCAUAGGCAGUAUUCCUUCUCCUCCAAACACGGCGAGUUGAGUUGAUGCCAAAGAGCUCGAUUUUGGUCUCAUCUGACCACAACACUUUCACCCAGUUCUCCUCUGAAUCAUUCAGAUGUUCAUUGGCAAACUUCAGACUGGCCUGUAUAUGUGCUUUCUUGAGCAGGGGGACCUUGUGGGCGUUGCAAGAUUUCAAUCCUUCACGGCGUAGUGUGUUACCAAUUGUUUUCUUGGUGACUAUGGUCCCAGCUGCCUUGAGAUCAUUGACAAGAUCCUCCCGUGUAGUUCUGGGCCGAUUCCUCACCGUUCUCAUGAUCAUUGCAACUCCACGAGGUGAGAUCUUGCAUGGAGCCCCAGGCCGAGGGAGAUUGACAGGUAUUUUGUGUUUCUUCCAUUUGCGAAUAAUCGCACCAACUGUUGUCACCUUCUCACCAAGCUGCUUGGCGAUGGUCUUGUAGCCCAUUCCAGCCUUGUGUAGGUCUACAAUCUUGUCCCUGACAUCCUUGGAGAGCUCUUUGGUCUUGGCCAUGGUGGAGAGUUUGGAAUCUGAUUGAUUGAUUGCUUCUGUGGACAGGUGUCUUUUAUAUAGGUAACAAGCUGAGAUUAGGAGCACUCCCUUUAAGAGUGUGCUCCUAAUCUCAGCUCGUUACCUGUAUAAAAGACAUCUGGGAGCCAGAAAUCUUUCUGAUUGAGAGGGGGUCAAAUACUUAUUUCCCUCAUUAAAAUGCAAAUCAAUUUAUAACAUUUGUGACAUGCGUUUUUCUGGAUUUUUUUGUUGUUAUUCUGUCUCUCACUGUUCAAAUAAACCUACCAUUAAAAUUAUAGACUGAUCAUUUCUUUGUCAGUGGGCAAACGUACAAAAUCAGCAGGGGAUCAAAUACUUUUUUCCCUCACUGUACAUCUAGCACGGUGUUUCCCAACUCCAGUCCUCGAGUACCCCUAACAGCACACAUUUCUGUUGUCGCCUCGGACAAGCACACCUGAUUCAAUCAUCAAGCCCUCAACGAGUUGAAUCAGGUGAGUUUGUCCAGGGCUACAACAAAAUGUGUGCUGCUGGGGGAACUGGAGGACUGGAGUUGAGAAACACUGAUCUAGCAGACAAAGUUGCUUGACUCUUCCUUGAUCAUCUUUGCCAAGAGUAGCCCAACUUGUGUUGUCCUCGCUCACAUGGCUGAUCACCCCUCCGAAUUCGCCCUUCCAGUCCCCUGUUUAUUUUCCCUGUUAAAAAUAAUACCAUAAAUGUUGACAAUGGUUCCCUUCUCCCCCAUAGAUGGCUUGGUUGUUUAGCAACCAACCUGACACGUGUGCAACUAUGAGUCAAAACAGAUGAGGUUGGCUUAGACUGUUGACAACAUGUAAACUAUAUUUAUUAGCCAAAUGUUCUUUAAAACUUAAAUACAUUUGCACAAUGAGCACUUGCUGUCUCUCAAAUACAUUGCUGCAGUUGUUGGUUAGUUAACUAGCAAAUGUUUGCCAUAUUAGCAUAGACAUGGCAUCAGUCAAAACACCUCAAAACAAGACAUGGUAUCAAUAACAAGAUACAACGAACUGAAAAGAACCACCUACGAUUCCCAUCAAGGCAGCUUCUUGUCAUUGUUGCUAGCUAUCUGACCGUUCAGAAUCAUAACAAUGCACGCCUUCCGGCCACAUCGAUGCGCGCGCAUCAUUUUUGUGACGUUGUCAGCCAACUCUUCUAUUGCAUCUGUCUAAUCCGCUAGCGUCAAACCUCAGCCCAGCCCUAGGCAGCUGCAGUUGUGCUGUGCAUGAUGAGGGCUAACCGUGCUCUGUGUGUAUGUGUGUGUGUCUGUGUGUUUCUACGCGUGUGAGUGUGCGGCACAACGUCCUGACGAUGAGUCACGGGGAUUUGGAAGUGAUGAGCGUUCGUUCGGUCAAUCGGCAAGUGUGAGGAGGGACUCCACGGCCCCGACGUUUUGGGUUUACAGUGUGUAGCUGACAUUAGCCGUGCGCUAAGAAGCUCUCAUUAUCAGUCACAAAGUCAAUCAGCCUACUAAAGGUUCACUGGUAUUUGUCAAUGUGAACAAUGGCCAGUGACUCAGACGGUGAAUGACGUCUGUGUGAAGAGGGAGAGGGAGAGUGCAUGUAGGAAUGUGUGUAGGACAGUGGUGGUGGUUAUGUGGCCGAUUGUAAUACAGUGGCAUUUUUAACCAGAUCCAGCAGCAGAUGUAUGUGUGGCUGCUACUUCCCACUGCAUUUGUGUGCUUGGGAUAAUGUCAAUGAGAAUUUUGAGUGGGUUUGGUUUGAAUGUGAAUGUUGUGAGUGCUGUUAUCUGCAUGUGGUAGUGUGUAUUUGGCCGAUGAGGUAAUCUCUCUGGAGUGGAAAUCAGUUGUGUGUGAAUCUGCCAGAAGCCAGUCUGUGGACGUUCAAAUACACACACCAUCCCUGCUUCCUGUUACCCCAUUUCCCCUCACAUUAUAUCCAUCCCCCCUUCCCCCACCCGCAAAAUCACCUAUUUUCUCUCUUUUAUGCUAAACCACCACUCUCACAUCCAGCAAACGCUCCCUCCACUCUCUUGCACUCUCCCUUUCAACCUCCCUCCCUCUUUCCCACCCUCUCUCUCUCUCCCCCUCUUUCACGCUGUCUCAAGCAGGCAGGGUGUAGACAUGCUAGGCCAACGCUCGCUCUCUCUCUCCUCUCUCUCUUCCCAUCUCUCUCUCCUCCUCUCCUCCACUCUCGCGGCUCUCUCUGGCUGUGCUCUCGCUGGAAGACCGAGAGGCGGAGGGAGAGGAGGGGUUGGAGGAGAUGAGAGGGGGGGGGGAAAUGGCAAUGGGGGGAUGCGGAGAGAGAGAUCUGUCUCUCUCUCUCUCCCUCUCUUCUUCGUGGCCGUCACUGGGCCCCAGAAACAGAAGCGUGUGGUUCAUUUACAGGUAGCGGCUGUUUCCUCAUUCAUUGCCUGGCUAUGGAUGUGAGGAGAGGACAAUGGAGAGAGGGGAGAGGUAGAUGCAACAGAGAGGCCGUGGAUUUGAAAGGCGGAUUAAUGAGCUAUGUAUUGUGUUUGUGCAUGUGUGUCUGUGUAUAUAUGUGCGUGCGUUAAAUCGUCUUUUUCCUGUGUGUGUGUGUGUGUGUGUGUGAACGGUUUGUGUGUGAUGGAAGUGGCUAUUAAAUGUAGGCUCUGACUGCAGCAUGUUUAUUUUUGUCUCCCCUCUCAUGUAUUUCUGAAUGUAAUCUGAGAGCAUUUUGUAAAUGCAUUUCUAGUAAUGUCAGCCGGUGUGUGUUUCGUUCAUUUUGUGCCACCAUUUCAAAUGAUUUAUUUCUGUCAUUCAGUGGUAUCAUCGAUUCCUAUUAUGUAUGUGGAUUUUUAUAGCUACAGUAUAUAUUGCCAUAUCUCAUGAAUUUUGUGUGCCAUUCAUUUUGUGUUUCAUAAAUGUGCACCUGUGUUGGAUGAAAGCCUUGUAUAGAAAGGGAGAGUGGACACAGUGGUUUGUUUGUGAUUUCCUUCAUUUGAGUGUGUAAGUGGGUGCCAGCGCAGUCACAGUGUGGUUGAGGGUCAUUUUGGGACUAGUUAAUCUGUGUCUGUGUCCCUGGGUUGUGGCUGCAUGUAAGUGUCAUUGUGUCUCAUGGUUUCAUUAUAUGUAUGUAAAUGUCAGUGGAGGCUGCUGAGGGGAGGACGGCUCAUAAUAAUGGCUGGAACGGAGCGAAUGGAAUGACAUCAAACACCUGGAAACCAUGUGUUUGAUGUAUUUGAUACCAUUCCACUCAUUUCGCUCCAGCCAUUACCAUGAGCCCGUCCUCCCCAAUUAAGGUGCCACCAACCUCCUGUGGUAAAUGUAUAAGUUGAGUGUGUAUGACUAACAUGCUGCUUCGUCUGUAUAAUUGUGGAGGCUACAGAGGAUGAGUCAGGAGGGAGGGUACAUGAUUACACUGUAGGCUACUCUAAUACUGUAGGCUACUGUAAUACUGUAGGCUACUGUAAUACUGUAGGCUACUGUAAUAUGAGAGUGUCAUACUGUGAUCACUGAGUGUCACACUGGCCAAUGGGGAAUUCAUGUUACUUAAAACCAUCAUGCACAUAUAAGGUCCUUUCCUUAACAGCAUGGACUGAGAGAACAGGAGCGAGAGGGUUAAAUGGUAGACUAUUUGAAAGAUCCACAGCAUCAUAGCUACACCUCUAUUGCCUUGAGGAUAGAAUGAUACAGUUCUCAGACAGUAGUGGAUUGCAACCAGCCAUUUGAACACACUGCUACAUGUAGAUUUGAUCCUUUGAGAGGGAACGCGCGAAGGAGUCAGGGUGAGAGAAAAGGAAUGAGGUGUGAACAGCAGAUGGAUGGAAGGCGGCUUUUUGCGUUGGCGAAACACUAACAUUGACAGUAUGACGGCGCAUAAGGGAUGGAUGAAAGGGAGAGUGCAAACUGCAGACCGUCGGUACGAGAAGUUAGCGGUUGAAUCUUCGGCUUUGUAAUGGCUCCCAUGCACUGCCUGCUCACACCAAGUUCAGCAACUCCCAACAAAGCAAAGACUCUCGUCCUCAGCCAUGUUGUACCUUGGUGGAUUUGCACAUUCAACGGUCGAUUGGAGGCCGCGUCAGUUUGAGUUUAUUCGAGCAGCUAAUGCAGAAAACGCAGAACCGGAAUAAGCUGCUGGGAUUUCAACCCAAUGGAUUCAACCACAAGUCAUACAGCCACCAAAGAGCCAGACAUCCUAAUGGAGCUGCAAAACAGCAUUAAUUGAGGCCGGCUGUGUAGAAUUGAGACCUUAAAUGAACAGAGAUGAAGACCCUGUUGUUGUAUAUGGCUGUGGAGUCAGUCUACAGUAUGUACUGAGCUCUUAGAAUUGAGACCCGGCCGGCUGUCUAGGAUCGAGACCUCAAAUUAACUGGAGACACUGUUGUUGUAGUACAGUACAUUAUAUAGCUACUAUGGAGUGUGAGACUACAGUAUACACUGAGCUCUCUACAUGUGGCAAAACUGCUGUAAUGCAUCCGUAAAUCUGACGAGCAACAGAAGUCCCAGACCUGGUAAUGGAGCAAUGAAACAGCAUGGCCAACUCUGGCUGCCACGCCAUAACACUACUCCUACCAUCUCAUAACAAGAUGGCCAUGUCAAUCAUCAAUGAAAAAAACAAUGAGCCAAUGAGAGGUAGCCAAGAUAGCUAGUGCAUUGAAUGCUUGAGGAAAGCUAAUGCAGCAUUACAGGUGCAUGUAUAAGUUCCCAUUAACAGUGAAGAGUCUAUACAGCAUUUUUCAUAUACACUCCCAUGUGCUUCCUGGUGCUAGGCAGCAUUAUGCUGGAUUAUGGAGAGGUCGCUCCAGUACACUCAUCCUCGCCCAUCAUGACAUCAACUCUACCCUGGUUGUCGGGUGUCUUUGUAUGUUGGUGGUCUUUGUAUGACAUGCCUCAACCCACCCCCCCCCCCCCCCCCCCCCCCCCAUCUUUUGGUGCAGUGUGAUUUCAUAAUGUGAUGCAGUAUAGCUGUCUCCCAGAUUCAAAAAUGCUUUAUUUGCAUGACAAUUAGACUUUCAGCUGCUGAAGAAGUCAUGUAGCUUGCGCUCUCUUUCUCCCUCUCCCUCUCGCUCUCACUCCACCCCACCCCCCCUUUUUCUCUCUAAGUGACUACAUCAUUAAGGAGAAGACAGUGCUCCUGCAGAAGAAAGACAAUGAGGGCUUUGGCUUUGUGCUUCGGGGAGCCAAAGGUGAGUACGAGCCUCUGGAUGUCUACCAUCUCCGGCUUCCACAGUCCUCUACUCUUCUAUGUAUUUCACUCCUUGUAUUUCCUCUCUCACCCAUUUCUCCCAUCCUAACUCUCGGCCUCCCAUCUCCCUUACUUUGACACUAUUUUAUUACUAAUCUCAAAUCUCCCUCAUCCUCUUGUUCUUGACUUGUUCUCUGCAGCCCAGACUCCAAUAGAGGAGUUCACUCCGACCCCAGCAUUCCCUGCGCUGCAGUACCUGGAGUCUGUGGAUGAGGGGGGUGUGGCCUGGAGGGCUGGCUUAAGGAUGGGGGACUUCCUUAUUGAGGUAUGGAUCCGUGGAAAGGCUUGUCACCCUGACAGUUUAUGCAGGCCUGGUAAUCAAUAUGGGACCAACUUUUGUAAUCACUAUCAAAUUGUACAUUUGUUGAUUUGUUUUAGAGUUUGAACUUGUAUUGUGUUGAGUGCAGUGUGACAGUUUAGUGUUCUUGACAGCCAGUGUUAUCUGUGUGUGUGUGUGUGUGUGUGUGUAUGUGUGUGUGUGUGUGUGUGUGUGUGUGUGUGUGUGUGUGUGUGUGUGUGUGUGUGUGUGUGUGUGUGUGUAGGUUAAUGGUCAGAACGUAGUGAAGGUAGGCCACAGGCAGGUGGUCAACAUGAUCAGACAAGGUGGCAACGCUCUAAUGGUCAAGGUUGUCAUGGUGGCCCGCAACCCGGAGAUGGAGGAGACCAACCCCAGGAAGAAAGGUAUACUUUUUAGUUUGUUCUGUGUAAUGUAUACAAUUCAUGUUUAUAACAUAGUAAUAAUAAUGCUUGUUCGCAAUACCGUAACAGCUACCUUGUGUAUGUUUAUAAUAUAGUAGUAAGCAAUAAGUUUGUUUGGUCCUUGUCCCUUGGCAGUCCCCCAACAGGCUAAGAGGCUGACUCCUCCUGCCAUUGCCCUGCGCUCUAAAUCAAUGACAUCAGAGCUGGAAGACAUGGGUAAGACAAUGGAAGAAGAAGGGGUUGGGAAGCAUAACAAGCAGGGAGCAAAGUAUUGUUCACAUUAGAAUUCUGACCCAUAGAAAAGAUGUUAAUUGAAAAAGUCCAUUAAAUAUUAAGUGAGUUGAUGCAGGGAGCCUUGGAUUUUUCUGGUAUAGGUAAGAUUGAAUGUUUUAAUUACCAAUGGCUUAAUGAGGAGGACUAUGGGGAUAAAUGUCCUCUUUCAAGUAAAUGUAUGAACAUUUGCUCUAUCUGGGAAAGAUGUAGAUACAGUGAAGUCAUUCGCAUUGUGGAAACUCUACAUUCUGCAUAUAACCUCUACACAAAUUUUCCUUUUUCGGCUAAAUCAAAUGGACGACUAACAGUGGAGAAAGGUGGGAAAAGGUUGAGUUGUGUGACAUCAUUGUCAUGGCCGUCGUCUUCCUCCGCAUCAUUAUUAUCACCACCACAUCAUCAUAGUCGUCAUCAGUGUUAAUGUACAAUAUGUACUGUAUUCAUUUGUGUUAUUUUGUAAUAUUACAGAUAUGGCUAUAAUAGCAGUCUCAGUAUACUGUUAUAGCCUAAUAUGAUAACCUUCUUUUCUCUAAUUAUGCUGCAGCUGCCUCUCCAUGGAAAAAGAAAGCAGGUGAAUAUAUUUUAUCAUUACCUUAAUCAGCCCUUAAACCUCCAUUCAAAAUCAGUCUGCUCAGGUCCUAAGAAUAUACUACCUCUGCUUUUCAGAGUACGAGUCCUCCCAGGUGCCUGAUAAGAAGAGGACAGUCUAUCAAAUGGCACUGAGUAAGAUCUGACCCCUUUCCCCCUUUGUGUUUCAAAAGGCCAUCUUUGAACUGGGUGACAAUGUGCCUCCGCUUUCAAUUGUCUUAUGCUUUUGAUCUCUCUUCUCUCUCUUCUAUCGCUCUUCUAUCUUUCAUUUCUCUCUCUCUCUCUCCUCGCUCUGUCGCUCUCUCUCCCUCCGUCGCUCAGAUAAACUGGAUGAGAUCCUGGCAGCAGCUCAGCACACAAUCACAUCAGAUGGACAGGGACAGCGGGGUCACGGAGGGAAGAGAGACCGAACCAAGAGCAUCGCCCCCAAUGAGGUACUGCAUCAUUCUCAGCGUUACCCUACCAUGACUGUACCUGCAGGUCCUACUGGCCCUAGGAUCUUACCCUCAAUUCGGUGCUUGUGUCUGCAACGCUGGAUGUGAAAUAAACCUCACAGCCUAGGAUAUUAACUUAUUGCUUCCUCCAUAUUGCACUAUAUCACUUUUACUGCCAAUGCACUUUUAAUGCGGCAUCACUUCCUCCCGUUCUCUGCAUCUCUCCCUGUGUGUCUUUCUCCAUUGUGUGUCUUGCAACACAUAAAGCCAAGUCAUGACCAGUUGGUUGGUGUGGUGCCGUCUGGGUUUGGCUACAACCAGGGUCAAUAUCCCCCCGGCCAGCCGCAUGGAGUAAUGCUGCGACAAAAAUCUAUUGGUAAGUCCUACAGAUACAAUUACUGUCAAAAAGCUACAUUCUGACUGUUGCACACGAACUUUGUUAACUGUUUUCCAACCAGAUAGUCUGUUUAACUCUGUGUGUCCCUGUUCCAGGUGUGAUGGAGGAGGAGAGGCAGUACCUACACAACCCGGCCAUGAAACUGACCCGAAGUCUGUCAGAGGAUAUCCCCCCUCCCCCCAGCACAUCCGCCCCAGAACCCCCCUUAUCUGCUGACCCCCAUACUGUUUGGAGGGGGGAGCAGUCUGCCCCCCAGCCCCCGUCCUCCCAGGCCCAGGCCCAGGCCCAGCAGCAGGCAGGCUGGGACAGGGGAGGGCCUGGCGGGGCCAAUCAACAGCACGGCAUGGCCCCGACCCUCCGGAGAGGAGGAGGACAAUACACAGGGGAGCCCCCGGAGGGGACGAAGAGAGGAGGGGGGAAAAUGGGGGCGUUGAGGAGGGGCUACAGUAGUGGUACUCCACCCACGAGCGCAGCUCCCAAAACCCAACAGCAACCCCAGCAGCAGCAGCAGCUGCAGCAGCAGCAGCAGCAGCAGACCCAGCAGCACCAACAGCAGCAGCAAGUGGCGACCCGGGAGAGGGGCGGGGCAGUCAGGGGCGGGGCAGGCAGGAAGGGCGGGAGGGGCCCUCUAGUGAAGCAGCCCACAGUGGAAGGCGGGCUCAGCAGGCAACACCGAGGGGGGCAGGGCCAGGGGGGUAAGCGCUCAGGGGCCAAAGAGAAGAGCUCCAUCCCCAUCCCCACCAUCAUAGUCAAGGCCCCCUCCACCAGCAGUGGUAGUGGCCGCAGCAGCCAGGGUAGCAGCGUGGAUGCCGAGCAGCCGCCUCCCGACAUAGACGAUCCUACCUCCCCCACCACCACCCCCGACACCCCCAUCAGCCCCGGCCUGCCUUCCCCCGUGGCCCCCUCAUCACCCCAGCCCCCUGUCUCUUCUGCCAUGCCCCCUUCGACUGUCGCCCCCCAGCUGCCCCCUAACCUGGAGAAUCUGGACUUCACCAACCAGUUCAGGGGGGCCUUCGUCGGGGCAGCACGCCGGGACCGGGAACGUUUCCGGGACAUGCGGAGGAAGAGUGCUUCCUUCUUCCUCUCCUCCGAAGAGGACAUCCAAGGGGAGGCAGGGGGAGGUGAAGGGGUAUGGACCCAGCCCCUACAGGGGAUGGGGAUGGAUGUCCCCACCCCCCGCCUCCGCCCCUCCAAGUCCAUUGACGAGGGCAUGUUCUCUGGGGACAAUUACGUCCACUACGCCAGCAGCAUGCCCCCUGCCUUCGGGCUGCCUGAGUACCACUCCCCUGUGAUGGGCCAGGACGGCCAGCCCAAGUCCGCUCCCUCCAACUAUGGCCAAGGCUCUCCAGCCACCACCUUCAUCCACCCUCUGACUGGGAAGGUCCUGGACCCCUCGUCCCCCCUGGGCCUGGCGCUGGCUGCACGGGAGAGGGCCCUCAAGGACGACCGGAGGACCCGGCGGGAGGAGCGGCACUUUGGCCGGCAAAUGUCCAGCGUGGGGGUGUUUCCUACCUCUCUCCCAUCCCCCACGCCAUCCCUGUUCCCCGCCACCACCUCCCCCACCUCCCUGAGCCGCCCGCAGUCACCCAGGAUAUUACGCUUGGGAGGUGAAGGGGGAGGAGAGAGAGUGGAGAGGGACCAGGUGGCCGGAGCCAGAGAGGGCCUCAGAGUUCGCUUUUCAGAGGACAGAACCAACCAGUACCAGACCCAGUAUUAUCAACAGAGUCUUAGAGACAGGGAGCCACCUGGUCCGCCCAUGCAGCCGCCCGGCCCGCCGCCUCAGCCUGCACCCCGCAGACCCUCGUUCCUGCAGAUGGAGAGCAGUACAAACUCUAGCUACAUCUCCCAGUACCGCCUACCCGCAGCUCAAGCCCACCCACAUGAAGGUGGGGGAGAGGGAGGAGGAGGAGGAGGACUGGGGCUCAUGGUUCUUCCACCGCCCGCCCCCUCGAUAGACAUAGACGAUGAGUUUGUCUUUGUUGACCCCCUACCCCCUCCCUUGCAGUUCGCCAAUGGCCAAGGCCAAAGAGAACUGCAGAGGGGAUACUCUCAACAGCAUCAACACUCAGCUCAACACGCCCCUCCCGCUAUGCCACCCCCGCCGCCCCCCCUCCCCUCCCCUAAAGUACCUCCACAAGGAGGCUUCGCCUCCAACGCCCCUCUCCCCUCCCCCCAGACUGGGGACUCUGCUGCCUCCAGCCUCACGUCCUACGACAGUGAGGUGGCCAACCUCACCCAGUCAGCUCUGUCUCCCUCCCUCCCCUUGCCCCAGAUAUUCCCCCCUUCCUCCGCCACCACAGUCGCCACCAUUUUACCCGCCCCCUCACUCCACAGACCCCAGCCCAUGUCCCAUGCAGACCCCUUCUUCAGUGGCCCCAACAUACCGGUUAACCCUGCUAAUAUGGGGGCCUCUGCUUCCCCAAUGAUCUUAGCACAGGACCGAGGCGCAGCUACCCUCACUACGACUAUGACCUACGCCACCACGAUGACCGCGACCGCCGCCGCCACCACUACCACAGCCUCUGCGGCGUCUUCAGACUACAAUGUAGCUGUGACCGCCCCCAGAAUCGCCGUCAGUGCUGUGGGCAAGGCAGGCGACCACCACCCCUCCAUGAUGAAGACUGGAGACUGGCAGACGGAGACGGUGGUGGACUCUGGGAUUGAGGAGCUGGACAGCAGCGACCACCAUCUGGAAAUACUGGGAGUGAGCAGACUGAGGGGAGAGAGAGGAGGAGGAGGAGGAGGAGUGGAAGGGGAGAGAGAGGGUGGCGAGCACCCGGAUCCUUACAUGACUUACUCAGGUGGACAAACGUUUGAAGCGCACCACACCAAAUACACUGCCAACCCCCCGGUGUAUCCAAAGACGAUGCAGUACAAAGAGGGUGGUAUCAAGGACACAAGGGAAGCGUUGCGUCGACAGGCAAGCACCAAUCCGCCCUACCAGAGCACCCCACCACACCCCCAGAGACAGGCCAACCCAGAGGAGGAGGCCAGGAGAGGAGAGGGAGGAGCAGCGGACGAGAGGAAACAACACAGACAGAGUCGAUCCAAGAUGGAGGAUAGCUUCGGUUCCACCCUGGCUGCCUGUCUGGAGCGGCCCAACACCCUGGAGCCAAGACCCUUGUCCUGGAGCGAGGGGGUCGAACCGGGGCAGGGCCUGGAGCGAGGCGGGGGUGGGAUGUCUGUGGAGGGGCGCAGGCUGCACUCCCCCCUCUCGGGGGUAAAGGCCAGCAUCAUCAACGAGCUGAGCUCCAAGCUGCAACAGAUGAGCAAUAAGAGCACGGAGGACUGGAGUCAGUCUGAGAUGCGAGGUCCGAGUCCCAUUAAUCCGAGGUCGCCCACAAUGCAAAGGUGAGGCUGUUGUUGUUAGUCAAUUCUAACAGUUUCACUUAGUGACUCCACGGCACUGCCUACUGAGUACAAUAACCCUUUUUUCUUCUCUUUCAGAUAUUCAGGGGAUUUCGCUGCCUCGUUUCAGAGCCCCCCCACAGGUCACUCCACUUCCCCCUUACCCACCUCCUCCCCGCAGCAUCGCCCGUCAAUCUUCACCCCCAAUCUCAUUGCCACCCCCUCCGGCUCGCCCUCCCACCAGCCCCCACUGCAGCCCAACUGGAUCCACUCCCCCUCUCCCCAGAUGCCCACCUCCCCCUCUCACUCCUCCCACCCUCCUCUCUCCCCCACUUACUCCCCCUCUCAAUCCCACCCGCCUCUCUCCCCCACCUACUCACCCUAUCCCACGUCCCCCAAACAUCGCACUAAGUACCGUGGAGCCAAGAUUUUUGACUUCCAGUCUACCCCUGGUCCAGAGCUGAGAUCGUCUAUGUCCCGCCGGCGCGCUCCCAGCCCCCUCAUCUACUCCACAGACCGCCCAAGCCCCGCACCUCCCAGACCCUCCUCCCUCCCCAUACUCCCCAGCACCCCUGUCUACAACACCCCCUUUGAUUUCCCCAUUCCCCUAACUCCCUCAUCCCCAGGUCACACCCUAGGAGACCCCUACAACCCCUCCUCCUCUCCUCUCUUUCCCACAUCCCCACAACCUCCCAGCGUCCUCCUGGUCUCCCGCUCCCUCUCCCCCACCCAGUUCCUCUCCGGCGCCUCCUCACCCUCCAUGCACCUGCCCCCCUCUCCAUCCUGCCUCAGCUACCCCCACCUCACCCCUCCUCCCCCUGCCAAGCCCUUCGCCAUUAAGCCCCUGUCCUACUGGACCAAGUGGGACGUGGCCGACUGGCUGGCCUACCUGAACCUGGGGGAGCACCGGGAGCGCUUCCUGGAUAACGAGAUUGACGGCUCCCACUUGCCCUCCCUCACCAAGGACGACUUCCUGGACCUGGGGGUGACGCGCGUCGGCCACCGCAUGAACAUCGAGAGAGCGCUGAAGAGACUGACUGACAGG